UUCCAUCUCUAGCAGCCCAUCUGCCCUCCCAGCACCAUCACAGCUGCUCCUCCACGUGCUGCCAUGGCAGCGCCUUGCACCAAGCGCCCUUGGCCAACACUAACUCGUGGCCAGUCUGUCCAGCGUGGUGCAUCGAAGCGCCAUGGCGUGGGGAUGCUGUGUCUCAGCGCCAUGACGUUUCAGAGACCUCUAGCUCAGCCGGGACCAUGUCAUGGACACAGCUUUGUGGCUCUCGGGACUCCCUCCUGCCCCUGCUAAACACAUGUUACUGCAUUCAGCAGUGAAGGUCUCCUACCCCCCUUCCCCAAAAAGUGUAACUGAUUCUGUUUAGGGUGGCAAUGUUUCUCAAAAGUCCCUGAAGGCGGUCACAUAGGGUCACAGACCUGCCCCCCUAAAAAAAAAUAAAGCUGAGCUUUUGAGGGUGGCCCUUUACACGCUGUCUUACCAAAACUGCUGCUUCCAGAUAAUGAUAGAGCCCCACUUUUUUCAGACCACUUUAAGCAUUUCACUAAAGUACCCCAUUCUCAUCUUCUUUCCCUGCCCAAUGGACACCCUGCUCUGAAGGCCAACCAUUACCAUGAAGAUAGUUGAAAGUCAUACUAAAGUAAACAAAUUAUAGUGUUUUUACUUGAAAUUCUACAUUUCCCCAACUUUGGGGGAGGUGACCACACAGAGACAGUUAGUUGAUUUGGCCUCUGUCCCUUCCUUUCUAAAAAGAAGGAAAUCCUAGUGCAUUUAUUAACAACUCGAUGGAUGGAGGAGAGAGUACACUAAUGGCAGCAGUGGACAAAUACAAAGAUGCUUGAAAGCACAGCAAAUACUGUUGUAUGACAGAAUUAAAAUAGACCUGGAGGAAUCUCUGGAUAUGCAGUCAGAGAAAUCAUCCUAGGAGGUCCGUUGGCUCCAUGGGGGGCAGAAAUCUUCCCUUAGCUUCCUUGGGAUCUGGCUUCAUCCCCACAAGUGGAACUUCCCUGCAGAGGGAGCCUCUGGAAUGCCUUGGAGAGAUGGCAAUUGCCUGUGGAGUGAGAAGGAUCCAGGGGGUCAGACCGGUCUCCUUAUCCACUGCUGCUAUGGGCAUCUUUGGGAUCGGCAGAGGAGGAGAUGGCAGUGGGAACCGGAAGCUCACCCUGCAGGACGUGGCAGAAUUAAUUCAGAAGAAGGAGUGUCACCGGAUGGUGGUGAUGGCUGGAGCUGGGAUCAGUACACCCAGCGGCAUCCCAGAUUUUAGGUCUCCUGGGAGUGGCCUAUACAGUAACCUUCAGCAGUACAACAUUCCCUAUCCAGAAGCCAUCUUUGAAAUUGCCUACUUCUUCCACAAUCCUAAGCCCUUUUUCACUUUGGCCAAGGAGUUGUACCCUGGCAAUUACAGGCCCAACUAUUCCCAUUACUUCUUGCGACUCCUGCAUGACAAGGGCCUCCUUCUGCGUCUGUACACUCAGAACAUCGACGGGCUAGAAAGAGUUGCUGGGAUCCCUCUUGAUAAGUUGGUAGAAGCUCAUGGCACCUUCACCACUGCCACAUGUACCACCUGUCGGAGAUCCUACCCGGGUGAGGACUUUAGGGGAGAUGUGAUGGCAGACAAAAUCCCCCAUUGCCCAGUCUGCACUGGACUCAUCAAACCUGACAUUGUGUUCUUUGGAGAGGAGCUCCCACACCGGUUCUUCCUGCACGUGACAGAUUUCCCCAUGGCAGAUGUGCUCUUUAUCAUUGGAACCUCCCUCGAGGUGCAGCCCUUUGCCAGUCUGGCAGAUGCAGUCCGCAGCUCUAUUCCUCGUGUGCUGAUCAAUCGAGACCUGGUGGGACCAUUUGCGUACCAGCCACAGUACAAUGAUGUGGCCCUGCUGGGAGAUGUGAUCAGUGGGGUGGAGAAGUUUGUGGAGCUGAUGGGCUGGAAGGAGGAGAUGCAGGAGCUAAUCCGGAGGGAAACCGAAAAGCUGGAUGCAAAAGACAACUAGGACAGCUGCCCUCCUGCUGCUAGGAAAUGAUGUUCACCUUGAAAAAGGGUAGGUGUCAUCCCCAGCGAGCUGUGAAGAGGUUACAGAACAGAGCUGGGGAAAAUGCUCUCCAGCUUUGCAGUGGCUACUGAGGACCUCUUUGGCUGUAUCUGAGUGCCCUGCCGCAGUACAGAAAAGACCAUCACACAAGACUCGUAGGAAGUGAAGACCAAAUGGCAGAUGUGGACUGACUAUUGCAGGAGACUUUCCCAAUCUGACACCUCAGACUGGCACAUGUGCCCACUGAACACUGUGACCUCAACGUUUUCCUGUCUUCCAUUCUCCCAGAUCACACAUUUGGAGAGAUUUUGCCUCUCCUUUUGUGUCACGUAGAUCCUUUAACAGCUGUAUUAACUAUCAUCCAACUUUGCGAUGUUCACUAUUAGACUGGGCCAGAGUCUCAUUUCCCUCCCACCAGGCAUUCUGGACUCUCACCAGAAAUUCAGGAUCAAAUUUUCAUAAGUGUCUUGUGAGUCUGGGUGCCCCAAGUUUUGGGUGCCCAACCUGAAAUACCCUGGAGUGGCCUGUCAGAGGGUGAGAGCUCAGAAUGUCCUGAAAAUCAGGCCUAUUUAUAGUACUUCAAGAUGGGCACCCAAAGUCACUAGUCCACUUUGGAAAAUGUUAGUUGAUCUGUCUCAUUCUAAUGCUGUUGGGAUAAGUACCCAGCUCCAUCAGACAGGUUCAUAGAAAUUGUCUGGUUCCCUGAACCAGCUCUUUGAAAGAGCAGAUUUCGAAUGCAAGCAGGGUUUUUUCAAUUAUUUAUUUGUUGCAAAUUUGUAGUGUUUAUUAUAUGGGUGAAAUUGCUGCUAAUCAGGAGGUGAAAGGUAUCAAUGUGUCUAGAGAUGAUGCCUGGAAACCCCACUCCUGCUGAGCAAACAACCCUAUGUGCCAAUUUAAAAUGCUGUUUGAAUGGAACAUGGUUUGAUAGCUGCACAGCAAUAAUAAUUAUUAAUACUAGUAAGUGUUAAUGCCUUUGCGGAUGUCUACACAUGAUAUUUCAAUGUCUCUUUCACACAUUUCCCCGGGGUCAGUGCUUUGAUUGCACUUCCCCCAAUUUGGUUCAUGCCCUUUGUUAUCCUUCAUUUCUCUUAAUUAUUCGCUUAGCAACUAUUCACCCUUUAAAUGCUGGCUCAGUUCCUUGCACAGAUUUACAGCUCACUGAAUGCUCUAGUCAUAUGGAGCAGUAAAGGGUUUAUUGUCUAUUCACUGAGCCUCCUAGGGAGGGAAUGUUUGCCAGGACACCAGGGUUAUUUCCUUUUUUCAAAAGGUGCCAUGAGAUAUUUAAUUUGCACAUCACAGCUGGGCAAAAGGGCUCCAUGUUUAAUGUCUCAUCAGAGAGCACUACUAACAGUGAGAGGCCCCUUCCCCGAGAGGCGAAUGCAGCAAUAAUUAGCUCGUCUAUUACAAUGAUUUUUCUGGAUGUGACCUUUGCCCAAUACUACGUCUAAAGAAGCACAACAGAGGAGAUGCAAAACACCUUGCUCGAUGUGGUUAUGGUUAAUAUUUUGAAAUGCACAAAAGUCAAGGAAUUUGAAUGUUAAGGCUUCCAUAGCUACUGUAACUCUGCGUCUUUGUACAUUUGUCUCCCUUUAUAUUGUGUUAACUUUUACACCUUAAUAUGUAUGUGCAAUGUGGCUAAUUUACGGUUGUGGUAUGAAACCUAGCUUUGGAUUAUCUGUCUUCUAUGCAUUUACAAACUUCAGGCCAAAUCCUCAGCUGGCGUAACUCAACAGCACUCCAUUGACUUCAAUGGAUGUAUCCUGAUUUACACUAGCUGAGGAUCUGGCCUUGUCAUUCCAACCAUUACAGUAACAGAGUUUUUUGCCCUUGCACUUCUUUUAAAUGAGGUCUGUGACUGAGCUCACAUUCAGUUGAACAGACUUGUUUAUCUGAAUGUGUGAUUCAAAUAUAUUUGAAUGUUCUUACAUGGCUGUAGGUUCAGCCAUUGAAAUAAAUGUCAUUUGAAUUCAUAGCCUAAAUAACAGCAGAAGUGUUUCUUUCUCUUUACAGCGCACCAGAUACUUAGCCUAUCUGGAGUUCUGCCCAUUUGUACAGUUAACAUUUUACUACAAAAUAGCAUAUGUUGCUUCUCAACCAUAUUUUGUUAUACACGUCAAAGGUGCUUGUCCUGACAUGAGCCUCAAUUCUGCAAAACCUUAUGCACAAGAUUUACAAAUCUAGGAAGCCCUAUUAAAGUCAGUGGGACUACUCAUAUGUUUAAUGUUGAGCACAUGGGUGGAGCUUUUGUAGUAUCAGUGCCUAAGUCCAUUGCAAGCUUGAGUUUUAAACAUGGCCUAUUUCUGAGGAAUUUGAACACAAGGAAAUGGGCGAGGGGUGAGUAAAAUACACCAUGUUUUUCUUUAAUUUCUUGAAUGGGUGAUGUUUCUGCCAGAUCUAGCACUUUGAAAAAGAUCAGAGGUUUGCACUGAAAGUUCACUAUUAUUUUUUGCCAACUUCUAUGUUAGAAAAAUAAAUAAAAUAAAAUGG